AUGGCGGUGUUGGUCCACUCCCAUUUCUUGGCCGUAACAAAGUCCGUGGAUCUUGAAGUCAGUCGAAGUCAUCGCCACUACGCAAGUGGCUUUUCCAAAUAUGAAACCGACAUACAACAAUGCCAUCGGACAUCGCUAACCAAAAGUGACUGUCGAACCAAUGUCCAACUGUUGCCACCCCCAUUCCACACAGAUAUAACCAGGCAUGUUCGAAUCAAUGAUAUUUGGCCUAAGCACCAUCCUUAUAAAACACACGUCGCAAAAUUAGAGAUGUUCCCAAGGAGUGACCCGACAAGAACUGAGUUUGAUGUUCCAGUCAGCUCUGCUCAAAGUAGAACCAAGCAGGAAUUGGGAGAAGCCACGGUGCUUGCUAUUGAUAAUAUGACGCGGGACAGAUAUCGGCAGUCACAGUAUCAGCAAACGUUCGCAAAAUACAACGAAGUCCUGAGGCAACUUAGCCAACGAUCAGGAAGUGACGUCACAGCAGCGUCUACAACAGUGGAUGAAGAAGAUAAACAAGUUGUCAGUGAAGCAAUAGAAAAUGAAAAUGGAAAUGAAAAGAAAGAAAAAAUAGUAGGAGCAACCGAGGGGGCUAUGAGUAUUGACAGCGUGCCGACUAAGUCUAUUCUCACAUGUCCUGUACAUGGUAAAGAACGACAUAAGAAACGGGUCAAUUUUAACGAUAUCCACCAGGUACUGACAAAGGACGGCAAAAUACAAUUAUCGGGUGUUGGUCCGUGCUGGCCACCAGCUACAAGCUACACGAUCGACAAGAACUCACAAUUAGUUGAACGCAGUACUGUUACGUCAUAUCCGCCAGCGUAUCGCAGUUCACUGAAUCCCGAAUUGUGCACAUGCAAAUUGCUAUCUGCACAGACAAAGCCAUCCAGUAAGGAUAGUGAGCAGGAACUUGUGAAACCAGUUCUAAGCAAGAAUAAAAUUGUUCCGACGAGUGAAAUAGAGUCGACAAAGUCAUUGAUUGGACAGCAACAAGUUGUUCCCGUAGCAACCAAAGUGACCGCUGAAGUUCUGCCACCUGUUGGAUUGUCUAAACCGUUGGCUGCGCCCUUUAUGAUAAUUCCUGAUGACAGCAUUGUAAGAACGAGUUUACUUGGCGGAAUUAAAAACCCGCUCCCCCUACCACCGACGCCAUUAUCGGCGUGUUUACAGCCUACUGGAAGUCGAUACCUGACCGAAUCGGACUUAGAUUCAAAACUGAAGCUCACAGAAGGUAAUGAGAAACAACUAAAUUAA